AUGACAGCGAGAAAGUCUGGGUCACGAUUAGAGACUGAAAUAGAGCGCUGUCGAUCAGAAGGACAAUGGGACAAAAUACCAGAACUCGUAAGACAGCUGUCUGCCAAGCUAAUUUCAAACGAUGACCUGGGGGAGUUGCUGUUAGGGGAGGCAAAGCUCCAGCAGUACUUGAAGGAGAACCCCAUCAAGCAAGGUGGCAGCCCCAGGGGACCCCGGCCCAAGCUAGUGGAGGUCCGCAAGCACCUGACUGCUGCCUUAGACCGCGGAAAUCUCAAGCCUGACUACCUACAGGAGGCCAGGCUGUUGAUGGCAAAACUAUGUUACGUGGAAGGAGACUACAGAGAUGCACUGGACCAAUACGGCCAAGUGAACCUAGACGAUAUGCAGCUGGUGGGAGCUCCCGUGUACCGCCUGUCGAUGAUUGCCGAGGCCUAUGCCACCAAAGGUCUGUGUCUGGAGAAGGUGCCUCUUGCCUCCCCUUCGCUAUCCAACCGCAACGUGGACAGAGACCAGGAAAUCAUCACCUGCUAUGAAAAAUCUGGGGACAUUGCUCUGCUCUACCUCCAAGAAGUAGAGAAGGCAUUGAGUGCUGGGAUGCAGAACCGGAGUCCAAAGCCUGGUCCAGUCACACAAGAGCAAGAACUCGGUUUCUUCCUGGAGACGGGACUUCAAAGGGCCCAUGUCAUCCAUUUCAAAAAUGGUAACCUGACCCGGGGUGUCGGACGCUUCCGAGAGAUCCUCCGCGCUGUCGAGACCAGGACCACGCAGAACCUUCGCAUGACCAUUGCCAGACAGCUUGCUGAGAUCCUGCUGAGGGGGAUGUGUGAACAGAGUUAUUGGAGCCCCCUGGAAGACCCUCCCCACCAGUCUCCCUUGGAUGAUCCCCUCCGACACGGUUCUCACACCAAGGACUACGCUCUGAGCCGCCGACCCCGCAUUUACUCUGGAGAGAACCUGUUUUGUCCUCAGGAGAACACAGAGGAGGCCCUGCUAUUGCUACUGAUCAGUGAGUCUAUGGCAAACAGAGAUGCGGUUCUUAGCCGUAUCCCAGAGCACAAUAACGACAGGAUUAUUAGCCUGCAGAGUGCUUCGGUGGUCUACGACCUGCUUACUAUCGCACUGGGCCGUCGCGGACAGUACGAGAUGCUCUCUGAGUGUCUAGAAAGAGCCAUGAAGUUUGCUUUUGAAGAGUUUCACCUCUGGUAUCAGCUCGCUUUAUCACUAAUGGCUGCUGGAAAGUCAGCGCGAGCGGUAAAGGUUCUGAAGGAGUGCAUUCGUCUGAAACCUGAUGACCCCACCAUUCCUCUCCUGGCUGUGAAGUUGUGUAUAGGAACUCUACACUGGCUGGAAGAAGGCGAGCGUUUUGCCAAGAUGGUGGUGGAUAUGGGAGAGAAAGCUUCGGAGUUCAGGGCCAAAGGUUACCUUGCCAUUGGCCUGGUUUAUAGUCUGAGGGCAACUGACGCCUCAUUGAGGGGUAUGCAAGAAGAAUAUCAGAAGAAAGCCUUGGGUGCUUUUCAGAGAGCACAGAGUUUGUCUCCCACAGACCACCUGGCUGCCUUCUACCUGGCCCUGCAGUUAGCUGUGUCACGACAGAUCCCGGAGGCGCUGGGCUAUGUGCGACAGGCAUUACAGCUUCAGGGAGAUGACGUUCACUCUCUGCACUUGCUUGCUCUGUUGCUGUCUGCUCAGAAACACUACCACGACGCUCUCAACAUCAUCGAAAUGGCCCUCAGUGAAUACCCCGAGAAUUUCAUCCUUUUGUUUACAAAGGUCAAGCUGGAGACACUGUGCCGAGGUCCCGAGGAGGCGCUGCUAACCUGCAAACACAUGUUACAGAUCUGGAAGUCAUGCUACAACCUCACCAACCCCAGUGAUUCAGGUAGAGGCAGUAGUCUGCUGGACAGAGCAAUCGCAGACCGGAGACAACUGAAUGCCAUGACUCUUCCCGACUUCAGUGACCCUGAAACUGGCUCCGUCCACGCCACCUCCAUCGCCGCCUCGAGGGUAGAGCAAGCGCUUUCUGAGGUCGCCUCGUCUCUGCAGAGCAGCGCACCCAAGCAAGGUCCUCUCCAUCCCUGGAUGACCCUGGCUCAGAUCUGGCUUCACGCAGCGGAGGUGUACAUUGGCAUGGGCAAGCCAGCGGAGGCCUCAGCCUGCACUCAGGAGGCUGCCAACCUGUUCCCCAUGUCCCACAACGUCCUCUUUAUGAAGGGCCAGGUGGCCGAGCUACGGGGGAAUGUGGAUGAAGCCAAACGCUGGUACGAGGAGGCUCUAUCCAUCAGCCCCACCCACGUUAAAACCAUGCAGAGGCUGGGGCUGAUUCUGCAUCAGUUGCAGCGGUACAGCCUUGCGGAGAAGAUCUUGCGGGACGCGGUGCAGGUGAACUCCACGGCUCACGAUGUGUGGAACAGUCUGGGAGAGGUGCUGCAGGCGCAGGGAAACGACGCGGCCGCCACCGAAUGUUUCCUCACCGCUCUGGAGCUGGAAGCCAGCAGCCCUAUACUGCCUUUUACCAUCAUCCCCCGCACUCUCUGAACACACACACACA